AUGGAUCAUCAAGUUGCAGACAACAAUGGCGGAUCAGAAGGAAAAGAACAUAACAACGAAAGGAUUCCUCUAAUGGCGUUGAAUCACGUAUCCAGACUCUGUAAAUCAGUAGAGAAAUCCGUCGAUUUCUACAGAAACUUAUUAGGUUUCGUUCCAAUGAAGAGACCAGACUCAUUCGAUUUCAACGGCGCUUGGUUAUUCAACUACGGUGUAGGUGUUCAUCUCGUUCAAGCUCCUGAUUCUAAUUUACUUCCAAAAGUUCAUCGCCUUGAUCCAUUGGAUAAUCACAUAUCAUUCCAGUGUGAGGAUGCGGGAGUGAUUGAGGAGAAAUUGAAAGAGAUGAAUAUUGAAUAUAUAAAGAGGAAUGUGGAAACGGAUGAUAAUGAUGAUGAUGGAAGUUCAAUUGAUCAGUUGUUUUUUAAUGAUCCUGAUGGAUUUAUGAUUGAGAUUUGUAAUUGUGAGAAUCUUAAGCUUGUUCCUUUGGAGUGUGAUGAUGAACGGAUUAGACUUGUUCCUGGCCGUCAUAAUCCGCCUGUUGAGAUUGGAAAUAAGGGGAAAGAAUGA